AUGACCGAACAAACAGACCAAUUGCCGCCACACUCACAGCCAACCAAUGGCUACAAGAAAUACCCGUCACACGAUAACGAACACUCCGGGCCCAACAGUCAACCGAAUAACCACUAUAACGAAAACCAAUAUGGGGCCAAAGACUCUCAUAAUAACAGGCAAUACCAAUCGAAAGGUGGUAGAUAUGGAUCUAACAAAUACAGCAAUCGUAACAAUAGCCAAGGGAACUCUCAAUACUACAAUAAUAGAUACAACAAUAGCUACAGACUGAAUAAUAACGAUUACAAUGCAGCCAUGAUGCCAAAUAUGCAGUGGCCCGCCAAUUACUAUGCCCCUCAGAUGUACUAUAUCCCCCAACAAAUGGUUCCUGUUACUUCCCCACCAUACACACACCAGCCGCUUAACACUAACACAACCGAACCUCCUUCUGCGCCUAAAACUACAAAGAUAGAAAUAACUACGAAGACUGGGGAACGUUUAAAUCUGAAAAAGUUCCACGAAGAAAAGAAAGCUUCCAAGAAUGACGAGAGCAACGAUGAGACAGAACGGAAGUCCAAAUCCAGUACUCCUUUUGAAAAGGAGGCAACUCCUGCUGUGGUUGCUAAUCAGCCAACUAAAGAGACGUCACCUGAAGCUGCUAUUGAAAAAUCCGUUUCAGAAGCAGAAAACACUAAGAGGUUAUUUUUGGAACAAGUGAGGAUGCGGAAAGCUGCCAUGGAAAGAAAGAAGAACGGUUUGGCGUCUGGAAAUGAACAAAAAUUGGACAAUGUGAAUUCCUCCAAAAUUGACGCGACCAAAUCCAAUCCGUUCCUCCAACCCGAAACCGUCAAAGACGAACCAAAACCAGUCGAGGAAGAACCAAAACCAGUUGAGGAAGAACCAAAGCCAAUUGAGGAAGAACCAAAGCUAAUUGAGGAAGAACCAAAACCAGUUGAGGAAGAACCAAAACCAGUUGAGGAAGAACCAAAACCAGUUGAGGAAGAACCAAAACCAGUUGAAGAAGCUGAUGAACCUGUUCUUGAUGUAAAAACGGUUGCAAGUGAAAUUGCGCCACAACAAGAUAGGACUGGAAGUACAACCAAAACAGUGACAUUUAAUGAGCCAGAAAGUAAGAGCAGUUCUCAAGAUACCACUGAACUUGUGGAGGAGAACAAAGAUGAUGUUUCUGAUGCGAAUGACAGUGAAACUGUAAAUAAAACUGAUACGAUUGACGAAGGCAAUGUGAAUCCUGAAAUUGCGAAAUCAGAAAAUGCAGACAUUCCAGCGGAAGAAACAACAUCUUCUAUAUCUGGUAUUGAAAUUCCUACAGUGUCACAAUUACUUGAAACUUUGAAGAAUGCCGAGCCGAUUUCCAAUAUAUAUGACUUUUCCUAUCCAGCGGACAUCGAAAAGCCAGAUAUCAAGUAUAAAAAGCCAAGCGUUAAAUACACCUAUGGUCCCACUUUCUUACUUCAGUUCAAGGAUAGAUUGAAAGUUAAGGCUGAUCCUGCCUGGGUUGAAGCCGUUUCCUCCAAAAUUGUUAUUCCUCCUCAUAUGGCCAGAAAUAGACCAAAAGAUGGCGGAAGAUUUGGAGGUGAUUUUAGAAGUCCAUCUACGCGUAACUUGGACCCUAGCUCUAAUUCAAGGAUGUCUUCAAAAAGAAGAUCCAAAAGGAUGGGUGACGAUAGAAAAUCUAAUAGAGGAUAUACAUCUAGAAGGGAUCGUGAAAAAGCCUAUGAAAGAGCAGAAGAGCAAGCUCCAAAAGAAAAUGUCGUUCCGUUGGUACCAAGUGCUAAUAGAUGGGUGCCUAAGUCGAGAGUUAAGAAAACCGAGAAGAAGUUGGCUCCUGAUGGUAAGACCGAGUUACUAGAUAACGAAGAGGUGGAAAGGAAGAUGAAGUCUUUGCUAAACAAGCUAACCUUAGAAAUGUUUGAUUCGAUCUCUACUGAAAUUUUGGACAUUGCAAAUCAAUCGAAAUGGGAAGAUGAUGGUGAAACAUUAAAAAUAGUCAUCGAGCAAAUUUUCCAUAAAGCCUGUGAUGAACCUCAUUGGUCUUCAAUGUACGCCCAAUUAUGUGGUAAAGUGGUCAAAGAUCUUGACGUUAGCAUCGAGGAUAAAGAAAACGAAGGGAAGAACGGUCCAAAGCUUGUCUUGCAUUAUCUGGUUGCAAGAUGCCAUGAAGAAUUUGAAAAGGGUUGGGCCGAUAAGUUGCCUGCAGGAGAAGAUGGCAAUCCGUUAGAACCUGAACUGAUGUCAGACGACUAUUAUAUUGCGGCAGCUGCUAAAAGAAGAGGCCUGGGUUUGGUCCGUUUCAUCGGGUACUUAUAUUGUUUGAAUUUAUUGACCGGAAAAAUGAUGUUUGAAUGUUUCCGUAGAUUAAUGAAAGAUUUGAACAACGAUCCAUCUGAAGAGACUUUGGAAUCUGUCAUUGAGCUACUGGAUACUGUGGGUAAACAAUUUGAAAAUGACAAGUUUGUCACGCCUCAAGCCACUCUUGAAGGUUCAGUACUUCUCGACAAUCUAUUUUUGUUGCUACAACAUAUUAUUAAGGAAGGUUCUGUGUCGAAUAGAAUAAAGUUUAAGUUGAUCGAUGUAAAGGAAUUGAGAGAAAUCAAACAUUGGAACAGUGCGAAGAAAGAUGCUGGACCGAAGACAAUUCAACAAAUUCAUCAAGAAGACGAACAAUUACGCCAAAUGAAGAACAGCCAAAGAACAAAUUCAAGAUUUAACAACCAUCACAAUCAAUCCAACAGUAAUCGAUUCUCUUCCAACAGAAGAAAUAUGCAAAAUGCACCAAGAGAUAACUUUGCCUCCUCAAAAACAACCUCUUUCAGAAAUAACCAAAAACAGUCUCGUAAAGCGGAGGAAUCUUCCCAAGCUCCAAAGGCCAAUAUGUUUGACGCAUUGAUGAACAACGAUGGGGACAGUGAGUAG